CCGCCAACUGCAAACCUACAAAUGUCUAUGUGGUGUAAAUGAACGAUCUUUAUGCUUUUCUUCCUAACAUACUAACCAAUAUGAACUCGGAUCAGUCCGCUGAAUCUCGCUCUAGUGCUAAUGACUCUCAGGUCUCGACGCCGGAGGAAAACGACAAAACAAAAGUGCUGAAAAGUACGCCCCCUGCUGGUGGGACUAUCAGAACCCCAUUAACAAAGAAAGUACACUCCCACUUCAAGUCACCUCUUCAUGUAGCUGGAAGUGCUAAAGUUAACCCUGCAGAGGAGGUGGCAGAGCUAGAGAGGAGAAGAGAGGAGUUGGAUUUAGAGAUAGCACAGCUGGAGGAGGAGGGAUAUAUGGUCGAGGAACUGGAACAUCAUAUUGAUAAGUUGCAUGAAUACAACGACAUAAAAGACAUUGGACAGUCACUCCUGGGUCGUAUUGCUGCUCUGAGGGGGACCACCACACGAGAUCUCUACACACACUUUGGUCUUGAACUGGAUGACUAAAAUGAAGGAGAAGGAGGGAGAAAAAAGAAUGUAAAUGCAAUGUUGAAAGUGCUUUCUUAAACCAACGAAACAGGGCUAAAUUACAAAACCACUCAACUUUAUGAUGCUGUGGAUUUGGAGGGAUGAUAUGACCGAAAGCCUUGUGCAUGAUUUCAGUUUUUACUGCUUUACGGAAAUAUUUAAUUAAAGGCAGUGAUGAUAACGAGAAGAGAAAGGGCCUCAUCCAGAUGCAGGAAUGAUAUUUAAAACAAACAGGCCUGAAACUGAAUCCAGAUUUAAAGUACAGAUAUAUUUAUGUUGCCUUUUUGUUGUUGUUUAUCCUCCUCUGUCCGCUGUUUAGGUUGAGUGAGAAUGUAGAUACAACUGGACAUAACUAUGAAAGAAAUGUUAAUGUUAAUUUGGGAUUGCACAAAGUUUAGAGCAAUUUUUAUUUUUUGUUAUUUACAGAAAUUAGUUUGCCUCAGUGCCAUAUUGUAAAAUAAAAUAUACUAACUGACAAUGCAUUCACUGUUUAUAAUAAGUUUUUCAUUUAGGAUCUACAGAAGGGCUAUAUCAGCAGUAUUCAAAUAUCUUGUGAUUUUAUGUCACUCUCCCCCUUCGUAUAAUUAAGUUAAUAUUAAAAUAGAUAUAAUUAUGUUAUCCCAACAGGUUUUUCUGUAGAAUUAAACCCAAAAUAUCCAACCACAUUGAAGCAGUUGUAUAAAAAAAAAACAACAUAGGAGAAAAAUAAUUGAAAUAAGUUUAACAAUUGUUUUUCCCAGUGCACUUGCUUUACAGAAUUAUUUAAAGGUUUAACUAGAAAGAAAAGAUUGGGUGCAUAGCUUUAUUCAAGUGGCAUUAUGGUGUGGGCGGGCCCUAAUCCAUUCACUGAUGAUGCGACUUCUUUAACGAGAAGCAGAGGCGUUUUGCAACCCCUACAGUAAAUGCAUUUGUGUCAUUUGGCAUCCAUUUUUGUAAGUCAAGUAUUAGAUGGAAGUGUGUCAUUCUGUUCUCGGAUCCUGAGGAUUGCAUCAACACCCAUCAUGCAUUUACCCUCUCACAUACUUAACUCACAUUUAAGUAAACUGUGUCUUUGCAUCCUAGAUGACACAGCAACACAUGCUCAUAGGAGCACUGAAUGGAUUUCAAUGUGGAAAUAUUUUUUACAGCUGUGAAAAAGAAAGGAAGCUCUCUUUGUAGGCAUCAGGACAAAGAAAUUAAGACUCCUCUGGCCCUUUUUCAGUCUUAAAAUUAGGUUGAUACAACAAGAGAUGAACUAUAAAGCAUGACAAAUUACACCUUGUCAUUAUGUGCUAAACAAAAACUGACCUAAAAUGCAGAAGCAUUGUUUAAAAACUUAGCACACCCUCAUUGGUACCAUAGGAAAUCAUUUACCAUUAUUUGUCUAAGUUUCUAUCUACAUAUUUUUAUGUUCUGGUAAGAACCAGAUGGUUCUCCAUUGUGUCCUGAUAUGUAAAACCUUGCAUGUAGAAUAUCUUUAAUAAAUUUGGCCCCAUUUCACAGCAGUGCUGAAGUACUGAAGUAACCCCUGUUGACCUGCGAUCCACAAAGGCUACCGUAAUCUUCCUCGCUUAUGCAAUGUGUUUCAUGACCUGUCACGUCGCUGUCACUGUGAAAUGUCAGAGUACAGACUUUAUUGAGGACUACAAAAUAAUAUAUUUGAACAUACAGCUGUCAGUAAAGCAAAUGGUGGCUGAGCAAAAAAUACAGUAUUGUAUUUGACAAAAUAUUUAAUUUUAUCUAAAGCGGCAGUCAGAAGUAACAUUUUUCCAGUAGAGGCUCUAGAUGCCCUCAAGUGAACCAGUCUUCAACGGGAAUUGAAUAAAGCAUGGAAUAAAUUACUGCUCCAAUUAGUGUCAUUGACAAUAUGCAGGUUAUAUCCUAACAGAUCCCACACUUUAAGGUAGAGCUUGGGCCUCAAAAUGAUGUGUCCUGGCUAUUGUUCUCCAUCCUGCCUGUCCUCAUUUUUGGACUAUCCUCAGGUCCCCUCUGUUGACAGAUGCCCAGUUACAGCACAUCUGUGUCUGAAUGGACUAGAGGAGGUGACAGGCAGGGGUAGGUUUACGCCAUAUUGUAAGUAGGGUUGCCAACUCCCUGAAUAUCUGAUUCGAACCUGAAUUGAAUUAGAUGCAUAUUUUUGAAUGCCAUGGACACAUGGAAAACAAAUUAUUAUCCAGCAAUUCACUUUAAUGCAAAAUAACAAAAUGAACCGAAUAAAAUAAGUAACUUUCUUAAACAGAAACCUGUCCUGCUUAACUUAAAAUUGUAUAAAUGAAUACAAAACAAUAGAGAGAAAGCAGAAAAUCCAUUCUGUAAUAGUGCACAUUUUGCACAAAACGUGCAAUUAUGCAAAUAACAUCUGUAAAUCCAUCUGUUAUUUUUUUAUAUACUAGUAUUUCUUAUUACUUAUUUUUAUUCUCCUUCUUCUUCUUAUUAUUAUUAUUAUUGUAUACUGUUUAUAGUGUUUUUAUUAUUAUUGUGUGAUAUUGAUGCCUCUUGUGUUUUGCACUAUCCCCUUUGCUGCUGUAAUCUGG